AUGACAGCUGGAAUCAUUAAUUGGUUACUUAUCGAAAUUUUCAUUUCAUUUGUCAAGGUUAAAAAACACCGCCACGCUUGGGGGUCCAGUUCAAACUACAAUAAUAAUGUAGCUGGCGUGAUGCAAGACGAACUGAAAGUAAAGAUAUCAAGCGGUGAAGCUGCCAAGUUUAUGGAAAACGUGGAGGGAGUUCGAUUAUCAUUGUCGAAUGACUACAGAGAGGUUUUCCACAAAAGGAGAAUUAAUGACCAACCUCCUUCCCCGUGUCGAAAUUUCGUGCGACGUGACGUCCAAACCCGAACCAAACCCAUUUUGGAGGGCAUUGAGCAAGAAUUAUUCGACCAGUUCUGGACACAUCUCGAGAAAUAUGCAAAUGCUCAAGAACGACUGCCACUCGCAUUGUGGGCCAAAAAUUCCAAAACAAACCGAGUUUGGCCCAACAAAUGGCCCCGGCGCUACAGUGGCGCCCCAAGUGUGAGCAGAUUAAAUUUCUGGCAUUGGCAUUGCGCCCAUUCGUUUAGGACUGCGCUGGCCACGGGAAGCGAGAGUUCGAUUAUGAGGCAUCCCCUUUUCCUUCGACGUCCCGAAGGACGGGCUGUCAAUCGGUUCUACGUAUCUUUCCAGUCAAACCUUAAAGUUUUCCCGGGUACAAGGGUCCGGUCCCGCGGUGACGGAUCCUUAGCGCUGGGCCCACAUAGCGUAUACCCAAGCAAUGACUAG